UGUGAUCAAUUCAGAUUUAGGUUUAUAUUGUUUUGUCGCUCACUUCUCAAAUUUUCCUUAACUCUAUGAAGGGUCACAAUGCCGAUUACUUUAAAACGUUACGUAAGAUUGAAAUGACUCACCUGGCAACUGCAAUCUUUCUCGCAAUUCUUUCAACUACAUUCGCAUCACAUUAUAAAGAUUGUGGUUCGAAGGAUGGUAUAGUAACUGGAGUUUCUGUAAAAGGAUGUUCAGACUCAGACUCACUUUGUACGUUGAUCAAAGGCAGUGGAGCAGAAAUAACAAUAAACUUUCGGUCAAAUGUUGAUUCGAAUUCUGUAAAAGCUGUUGUGCAUGGCAUAGUUUUUCACGUUCCUAUGCCCUUUACUUUGCAAAACUCUAAUGGUUGCAGUAGUGGUAUUUCUUGUCCAAUCAGAAGUGGAAAUUCUUACACUUAUCAAAAUUCAGUUAAAGUCUUAAAAUCUUAUCCAAGUGUGAUGGUCGAUAUUAAAUAUGAACUCAAAGAUCAAAAUGGAAAUGAUCUUGUAUGUGUCUUGAUUCCCAGUAAAAUUAAGUAGAUUUAUUUUAAUGAAAUUUUUACAUAUUGGUUAAUAAAUACAAUAAUAUUUAUAAAUGAAAUUAAUAAGCUUCAUUUUAUUAUUUUCGUAUAAUAUAUCAAUUUAUUAUAUUUAUACAUUUGACGGUAACUAAACAUUUAAUAAGUAAGAAAUUUAUUGUCUAAAAGAGAAUAGCAUAACCAAAACAAAACAAAAACUCAAUUCAAUUUAAUGCAGCAUUUUAUUUCCAUGCUUCGGUACACGACGAAAAAAAAAUCUGGUGAAAUUUCUGAGCUGAGUGGUUAAAGGUAUUUCUGGUAAAAAAAUAACAUUAUUCUGGUUAAUAAAAAAACAAAAUAUACGGCAUUUAAAUCAUUCAUUUGAUAAUUUUUUCGUUUAUGGGAUAGCGGCUUACAGGAAAUUCCGAUUUUCAAAAUUAUAGUUUUUAUUACCACUAAUAUAGCAAAAAAUAAAGGAAUGAAAAGUAAAUUUAACUGAAUACAUAGUUUUUAUUUUUUGCUAUUAGAUAUCAUGAUAAAAUCAAAAUAUUUAUCACAUUUACAAAAUUUUAUUACAUAUUAUGAAACUAUAUUUUAUUGUUAACUUUGGCAAAUCAUUGCCACAGCAAUUCGGUAAAAGUUUCAGAACUUUUUUGAUCUCCCUUAAAACCAGAAACAUGUUGAAUUUACCAUAUCCUGCUGCUUUUGAUCAUACUUAUUUUCUCAGUGUAAAAAUAUACCAAUGUGGUUAUCUAUCUCAGUGUGGUUAGAACUGUAUUGUAUAUGAAUUACAAAAAUAUAACUUCUUAAAAAUUAUUAAAUUUUUCAAAUAUUAAUUUGUAUUUUCAAAAUUAAGAAUUUCAUAGUAUAUGGAUCAUAAAUUGUCAUGGUGUAAACAAAGCAGCUUGAAAAUAAAUGUGUUGUAACCUAUUAA